CGUUAUGAACCUAUACCAAUUUUAUCACAUAUCAACCAUUCCAUGGAAACCAUUUCAGUGAAACUACAAAAUCAGACCUCCAUAGAAUCAAAUGUAGCACAGAGUCUGUGUCUGCUUGAAAGAUGUUCAAAAAUGGUGGAAAUAAAGCAGAUUCAUGCUCGACUUUAUAAAACAGGUCUCAUUGGAGACCCAAACGCAGUGAGCAGGCUCCUGGCUUCCAGCAUCUCCCCAGAUUUUGGCAGCUUGACUUAUGCUCGGAAGGUUUUUGACGAAAUUAGUAGACCCAAUACUUUCAUGUGGAACACCAUGAUUAGAGGAUAUUCAAAAAGCAAUGAGCCAGAAGCAGCCCUGCUUCUGUACCAUCAAAUGCUUUGUCAUUCAGCCCCACAUAAUGCUUACACCUUCCCCUUCCUGCUCAAAGCAUGUUCCACUCUGUCAGCUUUGGAAGAAACCCAACAAAUCCACGCCCACAUCAUAAAAACAGGCUUUGGCUUGGACGUUUAUGCCACAAAUUCAUUGCUUCAUGUUUAUGCCAUCUCUGGUUGCAUCAAAUCUGCACAUCUCCUCUUCGAGCGGCUUCUUGAGCGAGACAUUGUUUCUUGGAACUCAAUGAUUGAUGGGUAUGCAAAACUUGGCAGCUUAAAGAUGGCUUUUGAAUUUUUCAAAAAUAUGCCAGUAAAGAAUGUGGUCUCAUGGACGGCAAUGAUUUCUGGCUUUGUUGGGGCAGGACUCAACAGGGAUGCUCUAAACCUUUUUUGUGAAAUGCUGAUUGCGGGAGUCAAACCUGACAAUGUAGCCCUUGUAAUCUCACUUUCAGCGUGUGCACAUCUAGGAGCAUUGGAUCAAGGCAGAUGGAUUCACGCCUAUAUAGCUAAAAAUGGAAUAAAAAUCGAUCGUAUACUGGGCUGUGUUCUUAUAGACAUGUAUGGUAAGUGUGGAGACAUGGAAGAAGCUCUAGAAGUCUUCACAAAACUUGAGAAGAGAGGUACCUCUGAAUGGACAACAAUAAUUAAUGGUUUUGCAAUACAUGGGCAGGGAGAAGAAGCUCUUGAUUUGUUUGUGCAAAUGAACAAAGCAGGAAUUAAGCCAAAUUUGAUCACAUUCACAGCUAUUUUGACUGCAUGUAGCCAUGCAGGGCUUGUCGAUGAUGGUAAGUCAAUGUUUAAGAGCAUGACUACAGUUUAUAGGUUGAACCCAACAAUCGAGCAUUACGGAUGCAUGGUAGAUCUUCUAGGCAGAGCUGGGUUGCUUAUGGAAGCAAAAGACUUGAUCGAGAAAAUGCCUUUAAAGCCGAAUGCUGCCAUUUGGGGAGCACUGCUCAACGCCUGCUGGAUUCGUGGACAUCUUGAGUUAGGGAAACAGAUAGGGAAAAUCCUGCUUGAAAUUGACCCUGGGCAUGGUGGGCGAUACAUUCACUUGGCAAGAAUUCAUGCUGCAGCUGGGGAAUGGGACCAAGCAGUUGAAGUGAGAAGCCAGAUGAAACAAGGAGUUUCAAAACUUCCAGGGUGUAGUGCAAUCAGCGUGAAUGGUAUUGUCCAUGAAUUUUCUGCUGGAGAUGGGUGCCAUCCACAGAUGGAAAAGAUUUAUUGGAUGUGGAACCAGAUUACAGAGAAACUAAGGCAAGAAGGGUAUAAAUCUGCAACAGGGGACUUACUGCUUGAUCUACAUGAUGAGGAGAAAGAGAGAGCAAUCCAGUAUCAUAGUGAAAAGCUGGCUAUUGCAUUCGGGCUAAUAAGCACUAGACCGGAGACAACCAUCCGGGUUGUUAAGAAUCUUCGGGUGUGCGAGGACUGCCACAUAGUUACAAAGCUCAUCUCAAAGAUUUAUGCUAGGGAUAUUAUUGUUCGGGAUAGAACUCGUUUCCACCAUUUCAAGAAUGGGAAAUGUUCUUGCAGAGAUUAUUGGUGAGAAAGAGAGAUGCCUUGGAUCACACUCAAUAGACUCUAAAAUGCAUAAAAUGGAAAUGAAUUCUGCUGCAUACAGUCACUUUUACGUAUUCUUUAUGCA